AUGCAUCGUUUUUUGGCACAGCCCAUCGUGAUGACCGAUUUCGGCGGUCAUGAAUCACUGGGCGAGCUUCUGUCCACGCUAUCUCAGCUGGAGGCAACGGUUAAUCAGGUGCUGUCCCAGAUCAGUGGCCGUGUUGAAGAGGAGAAGCAGAAGGUCGACGCCGUCGGCGUGCGCCUGGACUCAUGCCGCGGCCGCCUGCAUGGCCUUGCCCAGGAGCGCUACAACAAGGCCACCGUCGUCACGUCGCCCAGUCGCUAUCCUGCCCCGACGCAGCUGCCGCAGCAUGAAGUCCUCUUCAGGAGCAGCCACGUCAGCUCCCCGGUCACGCCUGGCGACAACGCGUUCGGCACCAAAAAGUCGGUCGUGACCGGGCUGCCCCACCUGUCGCUCAAGUCGACCGACCCCUUCUCGCUGGACGACGCGGUCGGUCUUUGCUUCGACAAGGAACAACAGCCGACCAAGAAAUCUAACCUGAGGUCGGACGACGUGAAGGUGGACGCGGCGAGGCUGCACGGCCUGACGUCUGUGAGCGACCUGCUCGUCUUCAGCCCUGGCGACCACCAAAACCGCCGCGCUGCCGCGCCCCUCAAGUCGCGGCAGCUCAGCCUCGACCAGAAGCUGGGCGCCGCCCCUGCCACCAUCUCCGGCGAUGUCGCUUGGGAUAUGAACGUUGUUCCGAUGGUCGACCUGCGCCACCACCCCGUGAUGGCGCCUAUCCGGCUGCGGGCUCCGCGCAACCUGACCGGUCUCUCCAUGGUCGCCCAGGACAUCGCUUUCGUCGACAAGCAAGAGCGGAGCGAAGAUGACGAGAUUGAUGAGGAUUUGCCGCUGCCCGAGUUUGCCGACGACAAGUACUUCCCCUCCAAGAUCGUGAGGGCUCCCCUCAACAACGGCUCGCGUCAGGCUGUUGGUGCGACCAGCGACUUGGUCGCGUCGCCCUCCGCUCAGGCCUUCCCUACUGCCGAGGCUACUGCUGCGGGCGGCGGCGUUGUGCCAUUUCCCGCGCCCGAGGUGGUAUCCCACGCAGCAAUCGACCAGCUGCCGGAAUUCGACCUCGCCGUGCCGCCCCGCCCGACCACUGUCGACGCGCCCAACAACAACAGGGACGCAGGCCGCGCUCUCACCGCCCCUGAUGGUGCCCAGCAGCCCGCGGGAUGCUGCUUGCUACCGAUCCCCCCUCCCGUGCCUGACGUCCCGGCUGUGAAACUUCCAUUCACGAACGAGUUGAUGGAGAGGAGCGCCGCCUGGGCGCAACGUUUCAGACCGGCGAAUGUGCCCCAACCGCCCGUCGCGCCCCCCGCGCCAGCCAAUGCCUUGCAGCCCUGCGUGGUGCGCGAUGCGAGAAGUGCUCAGGCUGUGGGCCGCGAGGAGGCCCAGCAGGCAAACAACGACAACGUUGGAGACGAGCAGGUGGUCGAGCUCUCCGUGCCGGACAUCCUGAGGAACGAGUUCGUCAAGAGAGGCGUCGACGUGGCCAACGGCAGGACGCUGGAGGAGGAAGAGGAAGAGGAGGAAGAAGGCGCCGAGUGGGAAGAGAAGGACGACGAGUGGCUGCAGCAUGAAGUCGAUCACGAGGCGGUUGCCAGCAUUCGCUCGUUCUUCUAG